AUGACCCCGCAACAGAUUCUCGAAGCCCAACGCGAGAUCGCCUCCGUACUCUCCCCGGACAACAUUGCCUUCCUCAAGAACCGCUCGCGCCCAGCACCAUCUCCCACCCCACUUUCCGAUUCUCACUCCCCAUCCACCCCACUGUCCGCGGACGACCAUGUUGAGCAGCAGAAGCGUCUCUGGAUGACCGACGCUUGCGUCCCGCUCGAAAGCGAUACCUCAGUCGAUUCCCUUCUGUCCAAAGCUCUGCACGCCCUAGGACCCCUGGCCUCCCAUCGCUUCGACCUUAAGGGUCAUUCCCUCACCCCACACCAAAUCGCCCACCUUCCAACCCACCUCGGUCUUCACCACCAUGGCGCAGAGCCCGCAAGCGCAGGCUAUACCCUCGCAGACCUGCUGCUCCUCACCCGCUCCACUGUUCUCGGCCAGCGCGUCUUGGCCCUUCGCAUUCUCACCGCCUUGCUGCAGAACCACGGCUCCUCCGUUUCAGCUCCUCUCGUCGAAUCCGGCGGACUUGCCCUCGCCUUUGCCCCGUUUCCCUCCCGUCUCAACUUCGAGGCCGCACUCACAAAUCGCAUCGCUUUUAUUGAAGCUGUCGAGGCUCUCGUCAAGCCGCAUUCACACCUUGCUCAGGACUGCCUUGUGCCCUCGUUCUACCUGGCCUCGCGCUUCUACUCUCCAAACCUUCACCUUCGACCGCCACCAGUGCUCUCCGUGUUGGCGGAGUCGGCCUGUGUCCCCGUCCUGGUCAACAUUGCGCGCCACGACGCCUCUAAUACAGAGACAGAGCAGUUUGCACUUCGAGCUCUAGCCAUGGUCAGAGCCAUUGUCACGUUUUCUGCAAAGUCGUCGCGAGACAUGCUUGUGGGCCGCGCCACGUCUCAGGCCAUGCAACAACUUUGCCUUGGCCGCGACACCCUCCGGCCCAUCACGGCACUACUAGCGUGUGACGCUUUGUCCCAAGCAAUCGUCAACGCGGCGUGGAGCGACCCUGAGCUAGUAAAGUCCUUAGACGACUCAUGUUUUAGCGACACUUUCAUGCGACGCGUCACUCAACCGCUCACCUGGUUUCUCCGAGAUGCGUCGGUGAGACCCAGUGAGUGUCACUUCCAGGCAGCAAAGGGUGCGCUCCGCAUGCUCAGGGCCUGCCUCACUUUCCAACGAGGCUUAAUGCCAUUUACCUCUUGCGCCCCAGCGGUUUGUAGGUUGGCCCAUGAGGGUGUCGAACUAUCCGCAGAAGCGUAUUUAGCGCUCGAAGCAUACACCCACUGUUUGUACACUACCGUCUCGUCAGAGGGCAAUGGAAAAGAUGACCAAGGGGUCGAAAAGGGUCGAACCGCUCCAUCGCCUGGAGCCGUGUCAAAGCCACCACCAGGCGAACAACUGCAGUUUGCCAAAGACCAGCUCUCAGGGCUUGUUCCCAUCGCAUUAGAGGCGUCGAGGGUAUUCGUUUCAUCGGCUCAGAGCGAGAACCCCCUCCGCAAAGCGGCUGCUGGUCACUUUGUCGCAACUCUUCUCGCCAUUGCUGCCAUUCCCCUCGAUCCAACUGUGAUGCGAAAGAUUCUCAGCCAAUGCUCUGUAGCUUCGGAAACAAUUGCGUCUUUCUCCGAGUCCGUCACGACUGACGGACUGGACACCCUUCAAGCCCAAGCGUCCCUAAGCCACGCAGGGGCCAGAACGUUGGCGCGCGUGCAGGUGGACCAGGAAUACGUGCAACGAGAAGUAAAGCGCCUCAUGAUCGGUGUGAAGCGUGAGUUUCGAUGCUUGGACGGAAAUCGAGAGGGGCUCAAGUUUCCGUGGAGGCCGGCAUCGAAUGCGUGUGCAGAAUGGAUAGGGUUGUUUGCAAAGGUUUCUUCUGGUGUGAACGCAGUGAAGAUGGCCAUGGACCUAAUUCCCUGGAUUUCGGACCCGCAAAUCAUCAUCGAUAUCUUGGCAAGAUGUGUUCUUCGAGCCACUUGUCUCACGGAUAUCAACCCCUCCCUCACAGUAGAGCAGGCACGAAAGUGCUCAGAAGACCUGCUACCCCUUGCGCAAACGGAUCUGUGGGAAUUGUCGAGCCGGACAGAUCCACCCUCAGGACUGCCUAGCGUAUCUAGCGGAGAUCGCACGGAACACAAGCUUUUAGUCGACCCCGAGGAUCUUGGGAGCAUGUGGGUCAAACAUGAAGGAGCAAUUGACUAUUUCUUUUUUGUUGCAACAGGCUGGUUCGAAAAAGAAAUCCUUGCUCCGGAUGUACUGUUUCGCAUCCUCUUGAAAUCACCAAGCGCGUGGUACGAGACUUCCCCGAAACUUUUUCCUUUACUGCAACGCACUGCUAGUGAAGCUAUCAGACGAGGCACAACCUUAUUUCGGUCAAAAUACGACACCACGCUCAGCACAAUAUCUACAUCUCCAGAUUCGGAUCUGACUACUUGUUUGCUUGGGAUGGCAGACCAUUUAGUAACUCGUGGCCCUGUAUCAACUGAGGGCCAUUCCCAGGCGGAUCCUUUGGCCACAGUUAUCCUGACGAUCAUGUGUGCGCCUGAAGCUGAUGAUAGUCUGAGAGGGGCACUCUGGAAGAAGACUGUGGAGGAGUGUGGCGGAGCUAUCUUAUUUGAAAGAGCAUUGUUCCUCGUCGAUCGCAGUACAAAGUCAUACAGGGCUCGUGAAAGCAGUGCAGAUGCAUUGAUGGUAAGGUAUUGCACCGCCAUGAAACGUGGAAUUUUGACAGGACCGCGAUGCCCGCCGGUUCUCAGUGCCAUCAUUGUGAUGGAAAUGGCUGCUCAAAUUGAGUCUCGCGAUCCCGAUGAUCCGAAGGCACUGUGGACUUUGAAAGAGGCGUUGAAGGAUGGCCCACGCACCAGAUUCUUUUAUGCUUUACAAGAGAUGUUAGGAUCAACAGCUAGAAACGACCACACAAAUAUAGUCACCAACUGGUUGGUUGUACAUGAACAAAAGUAG